CGCGUCGCGACGGCGUUUGAUUAUACGCGCGGUAAAAUAUCAAAGAUACCGGUUCAACGCGCGCUUCAUUCAAAUUAAAUUUAUAAAAAUAUUAUUUAUGUAUUAAAACUUUUUUAAUUCGUUGCAUAAACGAUCAAUUAAAGUGAAUGUAUGUUUAUUAUUUUAAAAAAUUUUAAUUAGUGCUUUGAUGUAUUUGUGUCUUCAAUUUCAAUAUGAUUGUGAUGUUUUAUUGUUAAUCAAUGAGUGACCACAAUUUUUAUUUUUAUUUACUCGCAAAGAAACUUAUUCUCAAUAAACGAAAUGAAACAAGAAUCAACAUGUCACCGAGUGCAAAAGAGCAGUUAGGUUGCAAAAUUAAUCGAGUUGCAACGAUGAAUAAUUAAUUAACAAACGCUGAUUUACAUUCGAUGGGACAACAAAUCUGACUAAACCACGCACUGCAAUCUGCACUCGUUUACCCCUUCCAUAACUUUCUCGUUGCAGACAAAAAAAAAAGAAAAAAAAUUAAUCAAUUAAACUGCAACUUAAAAUACUAAAAAAAAAGUUUAAUUGAAAGAAAAACAAACAUGGAAUCGAGUAACGGAAAAAAGGAAGUUAAAACGCAGCUGGUUUUACUGUUUUUAUUGUUGACACUUUUCACGACAUUUGGAUCAGCACUAUAUUUUCCACAAUCAGAGUUAACAUUGCGACUUCCAUAUUUCGUAACAAAUGAUGAAACUUUAGAAACAGAACUUACCCUUCUUAUUUUACGAACUCUACCUAACGACUCUAUUACAUCAAAAAGUCCAAAAUAUAAAAUCGUCUCUGAAACUGAUGAAUAUGUAAGAUUAGUUGAUGGAAUUGGUGAAAUUGUUUAUGAUCUUCGAUCACUAACAAAAAAAGCAGACACUUCAAAAGCAAUUAUAAUACAAGCUCAAGAAGAAGGAAGUGAGGCAAAAAUGGAAAUCAAAAUUCUGCCAAUCGAAGGGAAUAAAGGAAUAAUAAAUUGUACUGAACUUACGAAAGACAUGUGUUUUUGGAAUGUAUCAAAGUAUAGAAUUUAUGAAAAUCAACCUGCGACAAUGCUUGGAAGACUCAGUUCACCUGCCUAUAAAACACUAUGUCCAAAUUACCACGUAACCCAAUAUGAAUUACUUAAUGGAACAGAAUACUUUCAUAUUGUAAAUGAAGAUUUUUAUUCAAAUGCUUUAUUAGACAGAGAUACUGUGGAUUAUCCCGGUGGUCCGGGUGCUCAUGUGGAAGUUCAAGUUAAAUGUGUUGUACGAAAUGAAAACUCUGGAAUACAGUACUCACAUGAAACAAAUCUUGAUAUUGACAUCCUGGAUUUAGAUGACAAUCCACCUAUAGCACAGAUUAGUAACAACGUCGAGAUAACGCUACGGGAUUUUACAGCAAACACAAGACUGGAUGACAAUGAUUUAAUGGUAAAAGAUGCUGAUUCAAAUGCAAGCAAUACAUAUACUGUUAAAAUAUUAGGCGAUAUUCACAAUGCAUUAUAUAUUACAUACGAUGCUAUAUCUGUUGAUUAUUCAAAUCCCGAAACACCACCGACAACUGCAAUAUACACAAGAGUGUAUUCACGUACAACUUUACUUCCAAAAUCACCUUACAAAGUAAUAUUACAAGUAACUGAUGAAUCAUUGAUUCCUGGGAAAGGAGAAAAAUCCGUAAAUAUUACAUUGUCUUUCAUUGGACCACAGCAUCAUCUAACUUCAACGACAACGGCAAUACCACCAAAGAAGCCAAUUUCUUUUCCCAGUAGUGUAACAAUAUCUCGUCAUUCUCUACAAUAUUUUCGAGUCACCCAACCGUAUUUUAAACCACCAUCAAAAUUUAACUUUAGCAUUUUGAAUUCGAAAAUUUUUAAUGUCACUACCAAAGGUGGUAUUGUUUACGUUACUAAUUCUUCUUUACUACAAGCAGCUUCUUCAAAAACUUCUUUAACGAUUCAAUGGAAUACACCAGGGCACAAAUUAUUUACAGCUUCAUUGACAUUAUACAUAAUGAAUACAUCAACUGUACUCGUAAACACUAGUUGUGCUAAUCAAACUACAGCAAUACACUCGUGUGCAAAUGCCAUGACACGAAAAUCGUGCGAGUCGCAAUGCGGAAUUGGUGGUGGUUCACUAAGCAAUUCUACUACAAGUGAGUGCAUUUGGAGAUCAAACAAUGCUGUUAAUUCAGCAAUGAUGACUGAACGUUAUGAAACAUGUACUGCGGAUUUAGUUCAUUGCCCAGACAACAUUUGCGAUGAAUUGGAACAUCUGGAUCCACGGAUAUGUCCUCAAGACUGUACUAUUGAAUCGGAGGUGCACUUUGGUGAAAUGAAUCGAGGUGGCAGAGGAAUAAAAAGUGGUCUCGGCACGUGUUCAUGCAAUGAUAUGAUGCAGUGUACAUGCGGACCUGUAUCUUUUCGUAAAAUAAGCUCUGGCGAUAGUUCAGGAGCUGGUGGUGCUUACGGGAGUGGCAAUAAAGAAGUGGCUAGAUCGAAAAAGGAACGUCAAAAAGAGGCAGCUAUAUCGGAUGCUCAUAAAGUAGCGUCAACAAAUACUUGUGGUCCGGCGUGUUUAAUUGGUGCUGUCGGAGCCAGUUUCUUUGUUCUCUUGGUUUUUGGAGCUUUUGUCAUGUGGAGAUAUAGAACUAUUGGGAAAAGUUCAAGACGUGAGUGCAAGCACCGAUCAGAUGACAUGAAUAAUGGUCUUGGAAUUCUUCCAUUGGACUACUUAGACCGCGGAGAUGGACACCUUAUCAGUGUCGAUUCAUUUGCUGCUACUAAUCGAAGUCUGCUUCUUCCGAAAUCAUCACCACCGGAUCCUAAAUGGGAGUUUUCAAGAUCAAGAUUAACAAUCGAGCAAGUGUUGGGCGAAGGUGAAUUCGGCAGAGUAUUACGAGCUAAAGCUGUUGAUAUUGGAGGUUGGCCAGGACCGACAACUGUCGCUGUAAAAACACUAAAAGAAGAUGCAAGUGGAUCUGAACUUGCUGAUCUUCUUUCCGAAUAUCAACUACUUAAAGAAGCGCAACAUCCGAACGUUAUUAGAUUACUUGGUGCUUGUACAUCGCCUGGAGGCCCAGUCUAUUUGAUUAUCGAAUUCGCUGAAUUUGGUUCAUUGAGAAAUUAUUUAAGAAGAAGCCGUCACCUUGAAUCAGAAGGACGUGUUCCUUGUUCAACAUCUUUAUUAUCUGCAUCGCCUGGCAACACACAUGAAGAAUUACAAGAUACUUCGUUAAAUUACACAAUAACUCCUCAUGAUAUACUUUCCUUUGCUUGGCAGAUCAGCAAAGGAAUGGCGUACUUGGCUGACAUUAAAUUAGUGCAUCGCGAUCUUGCUGCCAGAAAUGUUCUGCUUGCAACUGGUAAAGUUUGCAAAAUUUCUGACUUCGGACUGACUCGAGAUGUUUACGAGGAUGAUGCAUAUUUGAAACGAAGUAAAGGAAGAGUACCGGUUAAGUGGAUGGCCCCCGAAUCUCUUGCUGAUCAUGUGUACACGAGUAAAUCGGAUGUAUGGAGCUUUGGAGUGCUUUUAUGGGAAUUAGUAACGCUUGGUGCUUCGCCUUACCCAGGUGUAGAUGUUCAUAAUCUGUACAAUCUACUCAAAGCCGGAUAUCGAAUGGAGAGGCCUGCUAAUUGUUCUUCACAAUUAUACAAAUUAAUGGUUUCGUGUUGGCAUGAUGAACCCGGUAUGAGGCCCUCAUUUAAAGAACUUACUUGUCAAUGGGAACGUAUGCUUGAGGAUGGUGUUGAGUAUCUUGAUUUAAAUCCUCGAACUGUUCAUAAUCAAGCUUAUUUUGCGUCACUUCAUGCACUUGAUAGUCCAACUAGUACAAGUAAUGAAGGAAUAAUAAGCGGCAACUUUAGUACUUUUCGUACAGAAGCAGUUAACUACCUCAGUAAACCAUCGGCAGAGCCUAUAACAAAAUGUGAUAAAAUCGAUAAACUUCAAGCUCUUUGGCAAGAUCCAAUUUGUACCUUUCCAGAAGAACCAUUAAAAACGACUUAUGUCAAUGAACGACCGGAUAAUUUGAAUGUUAAUCAUUAUGAAAGUCCUAUUAAAUUACGUAGAGUAAGUGUGACGAGUAAUUGUGAAAAUAAUUUAAAAACACCUACAAAGGAUCGGCCUCAAUCUUACAUCGAUAUGCAGGGAAAAAAAACCGAUAACACUAAAGAUCAAAAUGAUUUAUUAUUAUUCAAUAAUGUUAAUCAUAAUAAUGAUAAAAUAAAUAUAACGAACGAUUUUACAAAAUGAAAUUACAAAUAGUAAUAAAUAGAGAUGCUGUGCGAAUAGUGUAUCAAUUGAAUCGAAUAUAACUACACUGUAAUGAAGAAGUGUUGAAAAUGAACCAAUUUAUCACCGUGUGGUGUUAGAAUGAAAUAAAACCGGUGUAGCCGGUAUAAUUUGACGGUGUUAAAAUACCGGUGUUAAAUCGGUGUAGAAAAAAUUCGACGUAUAGAAGUUAGAAAAAUAAAUGUAUUAUGAAAAUCUGAGAACCACCUGACUCUGCGGGCCUGUCCUAAAACUUCCAGCUGUUUCCGAGUUCAGUGAGCUUGGAAACAUUAUUACUUAUAAAUUUUGAGCUCAUCGAGCUCAAAAAUUUUUUAGGCCGGUAAAACAUACCUUCACUGAAAAAUCAUAAUUUUUGUCCAACGAUAUCUUUGGAUGAAAUGAACCGAUUUGAACGUUCUUAGUGGCAAUCGAAAGAGCUCAACCAGACUUAAAACUGUUCACAUUUUCAGGUGAAUCGGGCAAGUUGUUUAUAAGUUAUACGUAAAAAACCAAAAACAAAAAAAAUUUUUUAUUUUUAUUCUUCGUACAACUUGUAAACUACAUGACCGAUCUACCCCAAAAUCUAAUCAAUGGUUCCAUGACAACUGAUCCCACAGACUAGGUCCAACUGACAACUGGCCCAACUCACACACACACGGACGUCCAUCCAGGAAUAGUCAGAAUAGCUUCCUAGAGCCACAAAACGUCAAGAUCUGAUAGAAAUUCGAUUUUCGAAAAUCGGAUCGAAACCAAUAACUUCACGAAUUUUUAAAAAUUUUCAAUUUUCUUAGCGGGAAAUUAAAAAUAUAAAAAUUUAAUGAAUAUUAUCUGAAGGAAAUUUCAAUUUUACUAUAUACUUUUAUAAAUAAUUAUUUAUGUUAUACGUAAUUCAUUUAAAAAUUACACAAUUUUUCAUCCACCAUUUUAAUCACCAGUGAUUUAAUUAAUUUACAACAAUACUGUUUAACUGUCGUGACCGAGUAAGUAAAAAUGUUCACAAAGUAAAAUAUAUUCAACACCUAAAAAUAUUUUAACACCGGCAAAUAAUAUUUACACCAGCGGCGGUAUUAUUUUAAUACCGCUUUCAGUGUUGAAAUUUAACACCUACACCGCCUGGAAUUACCCCGUUUUUUUUCUGUAGUUUAUUAAAUAAUUUGAAUUAUUCGUAAAUUUUAGAAUUAUUCGAAGAAUCCGAAACAUCCGAAUUAUUCCUAAAUUUUCACAUUAUUCAAUUAAAAUUCGGAUAUUCAAACAUAAAAUUUAUAUCUAACUUGUGAUUAACUCGAAAAAUUACGAAUACUUCGAAUUUUUUAAUAAUUUGAAAAUACCCAAAAUUCAAAAAUUUACGAUUACAUAAUCGGAAAACUUACGAAUAUUCAAAUUAUUUGUAAAUUCAAAAUUCAAAUUAAUUGAUUCGAAUUUCGAUUACUACUCGAUUCGACACAAAUAAUUUGUGAGCUCGCAUUCGCACACUCUUAGUAAUAAAUUAAUGGGGCAAUUAUUUAAUCAAAAUGUAUAUAAAAAAUAGUUUUUUAAAAAGCUAAUUACAAACAGUUGUAAAUGAUUAAAAAAUAUGAUGAUGAUGAUCAUACAAGAAGAAAUAAUUGCAAUGUUUGUUUAAUGUAAACUUGGACCAAAGUGAAAAAUGAAAUAGAUGAUGUAUACCAAAGGAAUAAAUAAUUAAUCUUGCCAUAUUUUUGAGUAAUAUAUUUAUAUCGGUAAAAUCAACAAUAUAUUUAUGAUAAAUAGAUGAAGUAAUAAUUAAUUUCUCUACUAAAUUUAUAAAUAUAAUACAAAUAACAUCACUUAUAUGCUGCAAUAUAUGUUAUUUGAGCUUCUUAUAUAUUAUUAACUAUCAAAAACCAAACCAAUGAUUUAUAUAAAAUUAAUAAAAGAAUAUUACAGUUUAUUUAAUUAACCAAAGUAAACUUAUAUAAAUAUUUCAUGAGAUUGCAAUAAGUGAGAUCGACGGACUGAGAUUAAAUGAACAGGAAUGAAAAGCUUGAUGAAAAUAAUUGUAUUGAUCUAAUUAAAUCUCUGAAGGUUAAAGAGUAUUAAACAGAAAAAAAUUUCAAGUUUUUGUUUUUCUACUCAUUUACGAAACAGCAUCAGAAUCAUAAUGCCUAGUAUUUUAGAGUUUUUAAGAUAUCUUUGAAUAAUUAAUAUGAAAAAAUACUUAUUAGAGUCCUGGCAGAUCCAAAAUACGGUAACGUCCCGUAAAAUAUGAUAUUCCUACGGCAAAUUAUGGCAUUUUACAGUAAUGACGGUAAUUUAUGGUAUUUUACGGCGAAUUAUGAUAAAAUGCAGCUAUUUACCGCAUUUGCAGAAUUAAUGCCAUAAGCACAGUAUGCUUUUUUAUUUUUUGAGUUUAGGCGGUGCAAUACUUCACUUUACGGUAAAAUAUGGCAAGUUUGCCAAAAUUUUACGGUAAGUUGCCGCUCUCUUAUUGCAGUGGUACGAUAAAAAUACAGUGAUUUACCAUAAAAUACCGCGCGCUUACUGUUAAAUACCGUAUUUUACUGAAAAAUACCGUCAUUCUUCCGAACGCCGUAAAUUACGACAAAUUACGGUAAGUACCGCAAUUCGGAUCCGUCAGAAAGGAAUGUAAACUCAAUUUGGAAAAAAGUAAAAGAUUUAUAAAAAUUUUUUUAAUGCCAAGUUUUGUCAAAAGCAAUACGUAUUUAAUUCAAAACACUAUGAAUAGAAUGACAUAUUUGUAUUUUUACGAGAAUUUUUUUUUCUUUUCAAAAAUAGUCCACAUCUACUAUUCUUGUUUAAUAAUUUGCUAAAGGUGUUAGUAACUGUUCAAGUAUUUUCUUUUGAAUAUAGCAGUUUCGUCUCAGUAUAAUAUCAAGCUCUUCAGUAUACCUCAAUGUACACUUGCUAUGCAUGUGGACUAUUUGUGAAGAGAAAAAAUAUUUUCGAAAAAAUACAAAUAUGUAAUUCUAUUCAUAUUUUUGAAUAUAAUACGUAUUGCUUUUGACCAAACUUUGCAUUAAAAAAAUUUUUAUAAUUUAUAGUGAUGGUCGUUAAAAUUAUCAGUAAAAGAUUUAUUCACAAAUGAAUUACAAAAAAACCAAAAUUUGUAGUGCAUACUUUAAAAAAAAAAAAAACACACACACACACACACACACACACACACACACACAUAAUAAUAAUAAUAAUAAAUGAAAAAUUGAUUCUGAUGGCGGUCACAUCUUUUGAGAUUUUGAAUGAGAUUCAAUUACGGUAAAAAAUGAUUAAUUGGAUAAAAAACAAGAUUUCAUGAUUGAUGUGUACAUAUGAUACGAGAUGAAGCAAGUGCAUGUGUGUUUUUAAUUAAAAAUAAAUCUAAGGCUUUUUUAAAAAUAUUAGGUUAGAGUUUAUCAUAAGUAAUUAGUUAUUUAUAAGAGACUGUGUUAUAUGUACCUUAAUUAUAUAUUUAUGUUGUAAUAAUUUGUAAUUAUACAUACUUCGCCAUUCCAUUAUUGUACCAAGUUACAUUUUGUUUUUCAUUAUAUUGUAAAGUU